UGCACGCAUGCUCCAGUGGUCGCUGAUGCUGUUGCAUUUGUCGAAGGGAAAGACUACUGCUUCUGCUUGCGCCGUCGUAGGAGGUAGCCCGACCGUCGGCAUGUUCCAUCGGACGGUGGUUUGGUACCGGCGCGGCCAAAAACAACCCUCUUCUUUGCCUCUUCCCUCCCGCUUCGCUCGGCGGAACGCAGGCGCCGCUAAACCCCCAGUUAAACCCUAAAAAAUCUCCCUGCCGCGCCCGUUCGCACGCGCCCCCUUCGACCUCGGGUCACACGGCAUGGAGGACGACCGUGAGGAGGCGCCGCCCGCCGAGAACGCGGCCCCCAACGCCAGCUCUAGCUCCGGCGGCGGCGGGAACAAGGGCUCCCCGUGCGAGGAGUGCGGGGAGCAGCCGUGGAAGUACCGGUGCCCCGGCUGCGCCCGCCUCACCUGCAGCCUCCCCUGCGUGCAGGCCCACAAGCGCCGCACCGCCUGCACCGGCAAGCGCCCCCGCACUGACCCCGUCCCGCUCGCCCGCUUCGACGAUAGCCAGCUCCUCUCCGAUUACAACUUUCUGGAGGAGGCGAAGCAGGUCAGGGAGUCGGCGCACAGGCUCAUCGGCGGCUUCGGUCGCAAUUUCGGUGGACCUGGGGGAGCCCAGCUGCCCAAGUGUCUGUUUUUCCUCCGCAAGGCAGCGCAGCGCCGGGGUAUCAGGCUCUACUUCCUCCCCAGGGGCAUGGCCAGGAGAGAGCAGAACCGUUCGCGGCACAACCACAGAAAGGAUUUCAUAUACUGGACACUUGAGUGGAGAUUUAAUUCAGCUGAUGUUGUCCUAACUGACCAUGAAAUAGAUGAGCACACAACCUUGCUCACUUUAUUGGAAAAACAUCUUUGCCCUGGUCCUUGGAAGGAUCAACUUACACAAUAUCGCAGUACAAAAUUAUGUGAUCUGAAUCUGUUCAUUCAAAAGUCUGCCAAGGAAUCAGAGUCACCAUACCGCCAACUCAAUAUAGAAGAAUCUUUGGGGCCACAGCUGAGGGGUACUCUUAUUGUCGAGUACCCAACUAUAAAUGUCUUUCUUCCAUCAGACAAUUAUGACUUUGAAGUCGAGAAAAAGGUAAACAAGCUUGCUAAAGAUGAAAAACUCGUUGGCAGCACAACUGUUGACUCAGUUCUAGAAGGCAGUGAGUUUCAUGAGGAAGAAAUAGAGGAAGGUGAGCUUGCACCAGAGACGCAGAUUAUAGAUCUCAAGGACUGUGGAACUUCGAAUGCCACUAAUCUUGCUUCAGUGGUGGUUACAAGUGAAUCUAAGAUAGAUUCUUCGGUGCUCUCAUAUGCCAGCAGUCAAGCAUUAUAUGGUCAACAGGAAGAACUGAAUCAAUAUAGCACGAUGGCGCUGAAUAGGUCCUGCAUGGAAGUCUGUCCUCCGAAUACAGAGGAAACAAGGGAAGGUGGUUUGACCUUGAAGAGGCACGUUAUAGAUGCGAAGGACCAUGGAACGUUGCAUCCUGGCAAUCUUACAGAAGCAGAAGGUGCAACUAUAUCUAAUAUAGAUACCAAGACAGAUUCCUUAGUGUCGUCUUCCAUCAGCACUCUAACAUCUGAUGGUGUGAGUGGUCCUCAGCAAGAAAAUAAUCUACAAAACAAACGGGCACCCAGUUCAACUCCUGAAACUCUGAAAAGGAGAUCUUCCGCGAAAGUUUAUCCUCUGGACACUGAGGACAGCCGUGGGUUGUUGUUCCCUGAUGUGCUCGACUUGGGCUUUGAGCAAGAAAUGAGGGAUACCUACCCAGAACUUUUUGGUGAUAUGGAUCCUGAUGAUUUCUUAAGCUAUGAUCUUGAAAUGAUGAAUGGAGAUGAAUCAGUUGAAACAAUGUCUUCUUUGCUGUUGGACGGUUUAGAGGAAGGGGAGAUUCCAAGCGCUUCAUCCUUGUGAAGGAAGAACAUGAUACCUGGAAUUUAUGGUAACCGAUCAAAUGAGCCUGCCGACUGUUUUGCCUGGGAGUUCCGUAGAGGCAAUGUGUAAUGUAAUGGUGGAGCGCUCCCAUGUAUCUCCAGCGUCCACUUAAGAUUAUACAGACUCUGUUAUUCUUUAUUUAUUUUUUGGUACCAGAGCAGCAUAGAGUGCCAGGGUUGUCUCUUGCUCCUUGCUGCAGAAAUUUUGGGGUUGUAACCUUGGAAGGCAUACUAUGGUUGCUACAAAGCAAUUCUGAGUUGAAUUGAUUUGUUUGUACAAUAUUUAUUGGAAGAGUUUAUGGUUUACAAACACAUCAAAUAUUACUUGAGAUUCUAGUAA